AUGGCUGAAUAUCUGGCCUCUAUUUUCGGUACAGAAAAGGACAAGGUAAAUUGCUCGUUUUACUUCAAAAUCGGGGCAUGCCGACAUGGCGAUCGAUGCUCGAGGAUUCACAACAAACCGACUUUUUCUCAAACCUGCUUGCUGCAGAAUUUGUACGUGAAUCCGCAAAACUCUGCUAAAUCUGCUGACGGAAGUCAUUUGGUUGCCAAUGUGUCUGAUGAAGAAAUGCAGGAGCAUUACGACAAUUUUUUUGAGGAUGUUUUCGUCGAAUGCGAAGACAAAUAUGGGGAAAUUGAAGAGAUGAAUGUGUGCGAUAAUCUUGGAGAUCAUUUGGUUGGAAACGUCUAUAUCAAGUUUCGCAAAGAAGAAGACGCUGAAAGAGCAGUAAACGACCUCAACAAUCGCUGGUUCGGUGGCCGUCCAGUUUACGCUGAACUAAGCCCAGUGACCGACUUUAGAGAAGCUUGCUGUCGCCAGUACGAAAUGGGAGAGUGUACCAGAUCGGGCUUUUGCAAUUUCAUGCACUUGAAACCAAUCUCAAGAGAAUUGAGAAGGUAUUUAUAUUCACGUAGGAAGGGAGGCAGAGCUGGCACAAGCAUUGGGGGCGGAGCCCCUCCGCGUCGUUCUCGCUCUAGGUCUCCUAAAAGGGCGGCGCGGUCUCGCUCUAGGGGCAGAGGCAGCAGAUCGCCUUCACGUAGACCAAACAGAAGCGGAAGAUAUUAA